AUGAGUUCAUACAUACACACACUACCAAUAAACACUUCUUCAGAACCAGAAAAGGUAAAAAAGAAGGUUGUUAGAAUAUGGACAACAAGAGAAGAAAUGUUGUUGAUAGAAGGAAUUAAACGAUAUGGAAUUAAUAAUUGGGAAGAAGUUGCUUCUAUGGUUCCAACUAGAACAAAGAAACAGUGUAGAGAGCGUUAUCUCAAUAACAAUGAAUCAAUCUAUCAUCGACCUUGGAGUCAAGAAGAGGACAAUCUUAUUCUUCAAAAAAGAAAAGAAAUAGGAAAUAAAUGGACAAUUAUCGCAAGUUAUUUGAAAGGAAGAUCACCAAAUGAUGUAAAGAAUCAUUUCUUUGGAAGAUUGCAAAAAGUCAAUUGUAUUAAAGAAGAAACAAACCUUCAUACCACUAACAUUAUUCCAAGUGAACUUUCAACUCUUCAGAGUAUAUUUAAACCAGUAGAGCCAUCUCUUUUUUCUGUUAUAUAG